AUCACUUAAGCGGAAGAGAUCAGAGACGGACUCUUCGACUAAAGUAAAAAAUCACAAAUUCAACAAAUUUCAGAAGAUCGAAAAAGAAGAAAGGAGGAUGGCUCUGAGUGCGACGAUGGUGGGAGCUUUGCUGGGUCUCGGUACCCAGAUGUACUCCAACGCUCUCCGCAAGCUCCCUUACAUGCGCCAUCCGUGGGAGCAUGUGGUGGGUAUGGGGCUCGGUGCUGUGUUCGCGAACCAGCUCGUGAAAUGGGAUGUUAAGCUUAAGGAAGAUCUCGAGGUCAUGCUCGAUAAGGCCAGAGCUGCCAAUGAGCGCCGUUACUUUGAUGAAGAUCGGGAUUAGUUAUUGAGUGAUCUUUGAAGUCUUCAGAAAAGAAGUAUCUUCCCCUGGAGCCAUCUCAAGUGCUUGUUUUGUUUGUUCUUCCCUUGUAAAAGCUUUUCAUCUACUUUUUUUUCGUAGAGCUUGUUCUCUUUUGCUUCAGCACUAGAGUUCGUUUCACUCAGUUGUGGUUUGCACAAUCCAAAUCACAUGAAUCUGCGUCUACCUUGCUAAUAAUUUCGAAUGAUAAACCUUUCAAUGCUUAAGGGGAUAUUUUUGAGUGAGUCUCA